UUUCUCGUCCCUUCUGUGCUAAGCGUUGAAUUUUCAACCCCUCCACUCUGUUAUUAGAUUCUCUCUCUAAAAAUAAUAAAAAGUCUCUUGCUCUCUCUUUAUCUCUCUCUCUGUCUCACACUCUAUAAUUUGGCUUCAAACCCAUGUCACAGAUCGAAAAAACCAAUUUUGCAGAGAGACCCAUCUGCUAGAACUUGUUCUCUCUCAAAGAAAAGAAUCAUUCAUUCAUUACACAGAAACAAAAACAUCUUUUUUUAAUUUAUUUUAUAUUUUAGUUUUUAAGUUUUCUUUAAUUUCACGCAUUUUUUAUUCUCUCUAUCUCUUUUUUUUUGUUUGUUUUUUAAUCCAUUUUGUUAUUUGUUUCUGCUCUGUCUCUGACUCACUCAUUCCGUGAAAAAGUUCUUUUUUUUAUGUGUUGUAUAAUGUGGGGUUGGUGUUUCUUGUAAUGGGUGCCUAGCUGUGAAGAUAGUGGGCUGAAAGCAAACGGAGGGAGAAGAAGAAGGUAAUAAAAAAAAAAAAAAAGAAGGUUUGGUCUUUGGUGGGUUUUAGUUUAGUGAUGAGGGAGAUAUAGACGGUGUGGGUUUUCUGAGAACUGGAUUUGUCUGCGUUUUCAAGGCUUUGAAAGUGCGUUUUACAGUGUAAUGGAUACUAAAGGACGACUUAUUGCUGGUUCUCACAACAGGAAUGAGUUUGUUCUUAUCAAUGCUGAUGAGAUUUCACGAGUGACAUCUGUCAAAGAAUUGAGUGGGCAAAGUUGCCAGAUCUGUGGGGAUGAGAUAGAGAUUACUGUGGAUGGAGAGCCAUUUGUUGCUUGCAAUGAAUGUGCAUUCCCUGUUUGCAGACCUUGCUAUGAGUAUGAGAGAAGAGAGGGAAAUCAAGCAUGCCCUCAGUGCAAAACCAGAUACAAACGAAUCAAAGGAAGUCCCAGAGUUGAAGGUGAUGAAGAAGAGGAUGAUAUUGAUGAUUUGGAGAAUGAACUUCAGAUUGCAAGCAAUGAUCCUAACCACAUUGCUGAAGCUAUGCUUGCUGCUCGCCUGAAUGUCGGCCGCGGCUCCCACGCCAAUGGUUCGGUCUACGCCCCUUCAGAGAUGGAUGCCUCUUCGGUCGCUGGAGAGAUCCCUCUCCUGACCUAUGGUCAAGAGGAUGUUGGCAUUUCUGCUGAUAAGCAUGCUCUUAUAGUUCCCCCACUUCGAGGAAAACGGGUGCAUCCAAUGCCAUUUUCUGAUUCCAUGUCCUUUCAACCCAGACCAAUGGAUCCGAAGAAAGACUUGGCAGUUUAUGGUUAUGGAUCUAUUACAUGGAAGGAUCGGAUGGAGGAGUGGAGGAAGAAGCAGAAUGAAAGACUUCAAGUGGUUAAGCACCAAGGAGAAAAUGGUGGCGGAAUCAAUGAUGGAGAUGAGCUAGAUGAUCCUGAAUUACCCAAGAUGGAUGAGGGCAGGCAGCCGCUUUCAAGAAAGUUGCCUAUUCCUUCAAGCAAGAUAAGCCCGUAUAGAUUGAUAAUCUUACUCCGGAUUGUGAUUGUUUGCCUCUUUUUUCACUAUAGAAUUCUCCACCCUGUCAAUGAUGCAUAUCCGUUGUGGUUAACCUCAAUUAUAUGUGAAAUUUGGUUUGCUGUCUCAUGGAUACUGGAUCAAUUUCCAAAAUGGCACCCAAUUGUGCGAGAAACAUAUCUUGAUCGUUUAUCAUUGAGGUACGAGAAAGAAGGGAAGCCAUCUGAGUUAGCCAGUAUAGACAUAUUUGUGAGUACAGUGGAUCCUAUGAAAGAGCCUCCACUCAUCACUGCAAACACAGUUCUGUCUAUCCUCUCUGUAGAUUACCCAGUGGACAAAGUUGCAUGCUAUGUCUCAGAUGAUGGUGCUGCCAUGCUCACUUUUGAAGCCCUCUCUGAGACAUCUGAGUUUGCAAGAAAAUGGGUUCCAUUCUGCAAGAAAUACAGCAUUGAACCGCGAGCUCCUGAGUGGUAUUUUGCUCAAAAAGUCGAUUACCUGAGGGACAAAAUUGAUGCAACAUUUGUCAGAGAACGUCGAGCCAUGAAGAGAGAAUAUGAGGAGUUCAAAGUUCGGAUAAAUGGGUUGGUUGCCACUGCCCAGAAGGUUCCUGAGGAUGGCUGGACAAUGCAAGAUGGAACUCCAUGGCCUGGCAACAAUGUCAGGGAUCAUCCUGGCAUGAUUCAGGUUUUCCUUGGUCAAAAUGGUGUUCGUGAUAUUGAAGGAAAUGAACUACCUCGUUUGGUAUAUGUAUCUCGUGAGAAGAGGCCAGGUUUUGAUCAUCACAAGAAGGCCGGUGCCAUGAAUGCUUUGGUCCGAGUAUCGGCGAUCAUCUCAAAUGCUCCAUACAUACUGAACGUUGAUUGUGAUCACUAUAUAAACAACAGUAAGGCUCUUCGUGAAGCCAUGUGCUUCAUGAUGGAUCCCACUUCAGGAAAGAAGAUCUGUUAUGUGCAAUUUCCUCAAAGAUUCGAUGGCAUUGAUCGUCAUGAUAGAUACUCAAAUCGCAAUGUUGUAUUCUUUGAUAUCAAUAUGAAAGGUUUAGAUGGGAUCCAAGGACCAAUAUAUGUUGGAACUGGGUGUGUCUUCAGAAGGCAGGCACUCUAUGGAUAUGAUGCUCCUAAGAAGAAGAAGCCCCCAGGCAAGACUUGUAAUUGUUGGCCAAAAUGGUGCUGCUUGUGCUGUGGAUCUAGGAAGAAGAACAAGAAGGGAAAAUCAAAAGAUCAAAAGAAGUUGAAAAGCAGGGAGACUUCAAAGCAGAUACAUGCACUAGAAAAUAUUGAGGAGGGAAUUGAAGGAAUAGAUAAUGAGAAAUCAUCUCUAAUGCCCCAAAUCAAGUUUGAGAAGAAAUUUGGACAGUCACCAGUGUUUAUUGCUGCUACACUUGCAGAAGAAGGUGGUGUUCCCAAGGGGGCAUCUUCUGCAUCACUUUUGAAGGAAGCGAUUCAUGUCAUUAGUUGUGGAUAUGAAGAUAAAACAGAAUGGGGAAAGGAGGUUGGGUGGAUUUAUGGCUCUGUUACAGAGGAUAUUCUUACAGGCUUCAAGAUGCAUUGCCAUGGCUGGCGGUCAGUGUAUUGCAUACCUAAAAGGCCUGCAUUUAAGGGUUCAGCUCCUAUAAAUCUCUCAGAUCGUCUUCACCAGGUUCUGCGGUGGGCCUUGGGAUCUGUUGAGAUAUUAUUAAGCAGGCACUGUCCAAUAUGGUAUGGCUACGGGUGUGGCUUGAAAUGGUUGGAGCGCUUUUCCUACAUAAACUCAGUUGUUUAUCCGUUGACGUCCAUUCCUUUGCUUGCAUACUGUACCUUGCCGGCUGUCUGUCUCCUUACUGGGAAGUUUAUCGUCCCUGAGAUUAGCAAUUAUGCAAGUAUCCUUUUCAUGGGCCUCUUUUUAUCCAUUGCUGCGACUAGUAUCCUUGAGAUGCAGUGGGGACAUGUUGGGAUUCAUGAUUGGUGGAGGAACGAACAAUUUUGGGUGAUUGGUGGUGUUUCAUCCCACCUUUUUGCUCUCCUCCAGGGUCUGCUUAAGGUUUUGGGUGGUGUUAACACAAACUUCACUGUUACAUCCAAAGGAGCAGAUGAUGGAGAGUUUUCAGAACUCUACCUGUUCAAGUGGACAUCUUUGUUAAUCCCUCCCAUGACCUUGCUUAUCUUAAACGUAAUUGGUGUCAUAGUUGGGGUCUCAGAUGCCAUCAACAAUGGUUACGAGACAUGGGGUCCACUCUUUGGUAGGCUGUUUUUCGCCAUCUGGGUCAUUGUUCAUCUUUAUCCAUUCCUCAAGGGUAUGAUGGGCAAACAGAACGGUGUUCCAACUAUCAUUGUGGUAUGGUCAAUUCUUCUAGCAUCAAUAUUCUCUCUAUUAUGGGUCCGAAUCAACCCAUUUGUGUCGAAAGGUGGUAUUGUACUGGAAGUUUGUGGGUUGAAUUGUGACUAAGAUAUACAGGAAAGGAAGUUUUAGUUGUUGUGAGUUAUGUGUAGAAGCUGUGAGUUAUGCACAAGUGCACAACUUUUUGUGGUUAAAAAUGAAGGCGUCCCAUGGGGCCACGCUGAAUGUCACUGAAGAUCAUAAAACCAGUGAAAUUGAAUGUAGAUUGCAAUAAUUUAUGAUGGGAUGCAUGUAGAUACAAAAAAGAACUGGGAUCUGACACAAAAGAAAAAGGAAAAAAAAAAAAAAAAGAAAAAAAGAAAAAAAAAAAAGAAAAAGAAAUUUCUUUUGCAAAGUCUUCAUUGAUUCUUUUGAUACUUGGAUAUUACCGGUGGAAAGGGAUUGUAUUCAGGAGGUUUGUCUGUAAUCCCAAGAGCACUUGAAGUUAGUUUGAUUCAUAUUUUAUGUACUUUUCCGAAUAAGGGACUUCGUAUAUAUCAUCAUCAAAUUGUCUUGUGUCUGAAAUUUUGUCAUCAAUUUAGUGAAAACUACGUAUGAUGUUCAACCUCUGUUGUAUUAUUUGCCAAGAAAUAAACACAAAACAUAUAUUUCUGUGUCCAAA